CAGAGGCUGCCAAAAGCAUCUCUCCCGGUGUGUGUGUGUUUAACCGUAGUUGCUUUCUCUCACGACUGCAGAGCGGGCAGCUUCCGUGGUGCAUCCCGUGUGGCCGGCAAUCUGUGGUGAGAGGAAAUUCAGGGGGCCACGCUGCCAGAAGCUGUGACAGAAGAGCCCCCAGAAGCAACCCACAGUGAGAAGAUGAUGGCAUGUACAGAGAUGCUGACUAUGUGCUUGCUUUCUGGCAAGCAUGCUUACAGCCUCAAAUCCCCAGAGAGCCCACAGCACUGUGGCAAAGGACUAGCAAUUUUCCACGAUAUUUUUCGACGAGCUGACAAGAAUGAUGAUGGGAAGCUGUCAUUUGAAGAGUUUAAGAAUUGUUGUGCUGAUGGCAUCCUCAGCUCUGAAGAACUAUGGGAACUGUUCAGCAGGAUUGACAGGCAUCAUUCAGGGAAUUUAGAAACCGAGAAGUUCUGUGAUUAUUUCUCAGAACAUCUUGGAGAAUACAGGCACGUCCUGUCAGCUUUGGAACAACUCAAUACUGCUGUCUUGUCAGCCAUGGAUAAAACCAAACUGGUGUAUGAGAGCUCCUCCAAAAUGGAACAGUUUGUGACCCGCUUUUUACUGCGUGAGACAAUGAACCAACUACAGUCCCUGCAGGUCUCACUGGAGUGUGCUGCAGACACCAUAGAAGAGCAAGCUGGCCGGGAAAAGUACAGCAGCUCUCUGAGGAAUGAUAUGAAGAAACCAGAACCUCUUGUUGGCCCACGUGCUUUGAAAAGAUGUGGUCGUAGAGCUCAGAAGAAUAUCUGCUUGUCUCCUACAGAUCCUUAUUCAGGGAUGUUGACCACAGGGGUUCGUGUGGAUGCUGACAGCCAGUGGACUUGUCAGAAGGACCAAGUGCAGCAGCUCAUUGACAAACUGGAAUGUAAGAGUCCAAGGCUGGAACCUCUGAAAGACGAUGGGGUCUGCAAAGAAAGAGAUUCUCACAUUUUGGUGGCACAAAGACAGAUUGCAGUGGCAGAAAGUGGAUUGGAGGCAUUUCACCAAGCUCUCCAGUCCUACACAGAAAUCACAGCUGGACAGAGCAGCUGCCUACACAUCUCUGCCCACAAAUUGGUGAGUGAUGCCUGCAUCAUCCUCUAUGAAUUUUGGCAAGAUGUAUCUUCAUGGAGAAGCCACCUGCAAUCAAAUUAUAGCAAGAAAUUCCAGCAGGCCAUCACUGACAUACUCGACUCUCCAGACCUUUUGACCACCAUGUUGUUGCCAGCUUCUUGGUGGAUCAUGAACAAUAAUUGAUUGUCCCAUGGUGCUUCCUCAAGGCUGCCAGCAUGUGGAUGAAUCAAGCACUGCCUUUCCAAGCCAGCCUUCCUUGUGUCCAGAGUUGUCCUUCCUCAUCCCAUUCUCUUUCAAGGCUGCUUUUCUUCUCUUUGUUAUUAUGAAAUGCUUCCUUUUUCUCCCCUGCAUCUGUGAGACUAAGACAGCACUUUUGAAUGCAUCCCACCACCCUUGUGUGAAUAUCACCUGCAUUCCUCCUUCCAUUCCGAAAUGAGAUUAUUAUCCACAAUUAUAUGAUAGUCUUGGUAGCUUUGAGGAUAUAAGAACAAGUUGUGACCGAAGCUUAUAGAUGGUGAUAAUGACCGUUAGUUGUCUUUCUACUGAAAUCAAAUGAUGCAUAGAGAGGGGAUAAUUCACGUACACUCUGGCGUGGUUUGAAUAGAUGCUGAUGGAGGGGAUUCUCUUCUCUAUGGUCAACAUCAAAAUGUUGAUAUCAUGGGAGGCUACUGCAGAAUCUACUUAGAUGCUAUUCCAGCCCCUUUAAUGUCUUUUAAAUAGAACUGUUGUCUUGUAUCACUUGAUUAGAACAGGGUCAUCAAACUUGUGACAUUCUAGAUGUCGGGCUGCAGUGCCCAUCAGCCUUAGCCUCCUUGGCCUAUAAGGAUAAAGGUUGGGAGUUGUAGUCAAACCAUACCUAGAGGGGGACCAAUUCACCACCUCUGGAUGGGACAGUUUUUUCUGCAGCCUGACCAACUUUCCAGGUUUUUUUAACCAGACCUAAUUGCUAGAUACUCAAAUUAUAAGUUCCAAAAUACAGAAUUCACAUUUGAAUUUGUAUGUUUGCAUCCUUUGAAUUUAGAAGCAAUGCAUAAAUCUCUGCAAUACUGUGCAUUUUGCUACAGAGUGUUGCAAUCCUUAAUGUUGUAAAAUGUUAUUUUUCUUUUAAAAAUAGUUAUUAUGCAAAUGAAAUCAGCAAAAAGAAGACGUAGCUUGGCUUCACAUCUGAUGAAUGGCAUCUUCAAGCACAUCAAACAGCUUGAAAUGCUGCUAUGCUGUCAUCUAAGAAUGGCUAGCAGUUUUUUUUCCUCAGGGGCCACUCAUUUCUUAAGUUAGGGGCUCAAGGGCCAAAAGCUAUCUUGGUGGGUGAACUGAGUGGUGUUUAAGUUGCACAAUAAAAUGGAUGUCAUCUAAUAAUAAUCAUGUGCUGUCGAGUCAAUUCUGACUGAUGGCAAGCUUUUUAGGGGUUUCCUGGUAGAGAAUAUU